AUGUCAAAAUGCAUAAAUAUCAAUAUCUGCGGUACUGAAGAGAAAUUUCAGUUUUCAAACACUUUAUUCACUGAUUUUCCUAAGGAAAGCAUCAGUAGUAAAGCACUUGUUGAACUUCCUUUCUUAUUAAACUCAGAAGAUAACGUUGCAGAGGAAUCUAGCCAACCAAACUCAGUAUUUACCGCAGAACUGUCAAUUGUUGGUCCAGUUCUUUUCUUCAAAGUAUUUCAAGCGAAAAAAAUAAAUUUUAAUAUUCUCCUUCCGACUUAUAUGCCAUUAAAAAUGAAAACAAGACACAUAUGGUUGAUUCCUUUACCCGAUUUAUUAAAAGAUAUCAUCAAAAUCACGUUUAAUACCGAAGAAAAUCGAGAUUCUUGGUUUUCCUCAUUAAUAUCAGCUCGUGGUACUAUGCCCAAGCCAUUAUUCGAACCCCAAAUCGAAGUUUCAUCCAGUACAAUUAUAAAUGUAAAAGAAGAUCAAAUAAAUUUAUUAUCUUUUCGAGGAGAUUUGAUUGAAACUAUCGAUUACAACACGAACCUGAUUAUUUGCUCAGCUUUCUUCAGGGAUGAGGUCCCUAAUCCAUACGGUUUAGUUGUUUCCAACAAAAUCAACAACCAAUUUAAUUUUCAAUUUUCAGAUUUUGAUGGAUUGAUUGCUAUAUACUGUUCCAUCAACUACUACUUGAAUAUUAAGAAUAUUCAGACACCCGAAAGGCCACAUAUCUAUAAAAGAAAUACGAAAAUCGAUGGAAUUACGACUGAUUUCACAUUUGACUGUUUUUCAAUGAUGAAAGAACCUGUAAUCCAUCAAAUAUUCUCUACAAAGCCUUCUGAGAUUAGUUCCGGUUCAUUAAUCCCUCGUCCUGCAACAAGUGACAUAAAUAUAUUUGAUUUCGGAAAAACUAUCCAUAGAACAAUCCUUUACCAUGAUUACAUGCAAGCACCGAUCAUAAGACAACCAUCUAUGAUCCAACAAGCCGCAAAAUUGAAGCAUAAAACAAGAGAUGAAAUUUACAAAGAAGAAAUCGAUAACGUCUUCUCGAAACUUGAGAAUUCUUGUUAUAUAGAAAGUAAUUCAUGGAACUUUGAUAAUUUGUUCGAUUCUAAAUCGAUUUUUCCUCAAUUUAGUGAUACAAUUUACAAAAAAUCGGAUUCUUACUGCUCAGAGUUCGACAAUAUCCUACUUUCAAUAGAUUACAAAUUAGACGAUGAAAAAUUCAAUAUAAAUGACGUAAUUCAGAAAAUCGAAAAAUUUAUCGUCGAAAUUGAAAAUAACCAUUCGAAAGAAGUGUUAUUUAAACUACUACAUGCAUUGGGAUCCGUGUUAGUUGCAGGAACCAAGGAAAUUAUGUUCAAAGAAUAUAUUAUUUUUUAUUUGAGUAGUUCGAAGUUUUCGAAAGAUGUUCCUGAUCAAGAUCGUCUAUUUGAAGAAUUUAUAAUCAUUAUUCUUUACAGAUUCCUCAUUAACAAGAAAUUAUCUCAAUUUUUUGAUGAUAUUUUCUUCAACAAAUCGUUUAGCGAAAAUGUCUUCACAGAGUUUUCGAUAUUUACAGUACCGGAAUUCUUCUCCGACUUACAAAAACGCAUAAAUCGUUUAGAAACAAUUCCAAAAUUUGAUUUGUUACAAAUACCACAGAAAUUAUCGAGUUUCGAGACAUACAAUUCGUAUUUAUACGGAAGAGUUGUUGAAAUUCAAGUCAAAAAGAUUAUUUUGGAUUUCAUGGAAAUGAAAGAGUCAGAAUCAUUUCAUAUCCUCUUCAUUAAACUGUUCUCAACAUUGAUCAAGUUCUUUUGCGAUAAAUUCUACAUAAUUGGAGAAAAUACUUCAAUUUGGAAUUCUGUUAAAGGAUUUGACUCAACGCAGUUCCCGUAUCCGCAGGCAAUGGCUUUAAGUGAUUCUAUCAAGAAGAUUGAUGAAUUAAAUCAAUAUGACGUUUGUAAAUUUGCAAAUUUGAUUUUGGAAGGACUGAAACAAAAGAUGGUUGAUUAUUGGAUUCUUUUGUUAUCAAAAUACUCAAAAUUGCAGAACAUUCAUAGAGAAGAUGCUCCUAUUUACCACAGGAGUCAAUUAACAACGAUUUGCUUCGAAUUGAGAAGACUUUAUGAUUUUACUGAAGAAAUUGACAACUCCUUCAUUUCGCAAUAUAGUUAUUUGUUUUGA